CCUGUCGGAGAUGUGUGCUUCUAGGACUUUAAAGCUGACAGUUCAGACGAGAACACGAAAAUAACUGCGAUUAAAUACACUUUUCAUCGAAAAUUGAACUAUCUGAACUAUGGAACGCACAAAACAGAGUCAGUUAAAUCAAAAUAAAAAGCAAACUGACAGUUCUAACGAUACUAUCAACGGACACUUUGAAGGGUUGUUGACAAAUUCGAGCCGGACUCCGGUUCCUCCGGGGAUGAGCGGUGAAUCCAGUUCACGCACAUCUUCGGUCAUGGAGAGUUGGAGAGAAGAGCGCACCCGAAGUAUUGAAGACAACGAGAUGAACUUGCCGAGUUUGGCGGCCGCAUACACCACCAUUCUCAGGGGACUCGGGGAAGACCCGCAGAGACAGGGACUUCUAAAAACUCCAUGGAGAGCGGCCACCGCUAUGCAGUUUUUCACCAAAGGCUAUCAGGAGAAAAUCAUUGAUGUUUUGAACGACGCCAUAUUCGACGAGGACCACGAUGAGAUGGUGAUAGUCAAGGACAUCGACAUGUUCUCCAUGUGUGAGCAUCACCUUGUGCCCAUCUUUGGAAGGGUCCACAUUGGUUACCUCCCCAACAAGAGGGUUCUGGGACUCAGCAAACUGGCCAGGAUCGUGGAGAUCUACAGUCGCAGGCUGCAAGUUCAAGAGCGGUUGACCAAACAAAUUGCCGUGGCGAUCACUGAAGCUCUGCAGCCUGCUGGGGUCGGAGUUGUUAUUGAGGCAACUCACAUGUGCAUGGUGAUGAGAGGGGUGCAGAAGAUGAACAGCAAGACUGUGACCAGCACCAUGUUGGGGGUGUUCAGGGAGGAUCCCAAGACACGGGACGAGUUUCUCACCCUCAUCCGGAGCUGAAUACGACCCCUCACCUCACACAUGGCUGGCCGAUCCACCCCCCCCGCCCCCCCCCCCGCCCCCCCCCCUCCCUGGAACCUGCUAGGAGCCUGGCUCCACAGGCAGCCGUUGUGUGUGUGUGUGUGUGUGUGUGAGAGACCGUGUGCAUGGGUAUGUGCCACUCCUCUAAAUCCUCUGCUUGAAAUGACCCACUGUCGCCGUUACGAUGGUGUAAAGUCAGUACUGCCGACUGUGCAGACCUGCCGGUCUGUCAGGUGACACAGUCCCAAAGAAAACCCCCCUGAAUAGGCCCGAGGGUUUCUGUGAUUAAGAUCAGACGUUUCUGUUUCAAGGAUCUGACCCCAACAUCCAUCUCCGAUCCCGUCAACCACAUUUAAGGAUAUAUUUUUGUUAUGAAUCGAAGCAAUCAUUUUAGCUUUCAAAGCCAUUAUAGUAAAUAGCAGACUAUCAGCUCAUAGAUAUUUCAUAAAGUAUGAGCUGACCUGUUGUUGGUCACAUUCAGUCUCUCUCCCCUAGCCCCGUAUUGCCCAGUCCAAUCUGUGUCCUGGUCAUGGUAUUCUGGGGUGUCUUUGAUCGAAGGACAUUCUGGGUUGUACUGUGAGUAAGGAUACUUAGGAUUGUAGCAAACAAUCGUUCAUUUAGUCCAGAGCUAAAUUCACACUUGAAUCCUUACGUCCCUAACCCCUACACAAACAGGACACGGAGCUGUUUGAUGUGGUCAUCCCUCCCUUUUCCAAGAUGGCCCCUAUCUGUAACAUAUGCUUGUAACUGAAGUCUAGAUGUUGGUGAACCUGUAGGUGUUUAGAAUCUGUAGCUUAUUGUAUUUUUUCCUUGAAAUGUCCUUUGGAUUUUGGCAUACCCACUCGCAGCCUUACUGUUAAGUGUAAACUAAAGAAAAGAACCUCCAUAUUCUGAAAGACGACGAGGCGGAAUUAAACGAGGCGCAUGUAAAGUAAAACACGUUCCUCGGUGAAGGACAGGGAGAUUCCUUUGGCCUCUCAUCUCAUGGCAGAGAAGCCUGUAAGUUCGGAUGUUGUUCUACAUGUUUACUUAUGUCUAAAAUGUGUUCCUAUAUCUUUUUAAAUGUCUAACACAUGCAGGCGAUCUAUUUUAAUUGACAGUACAGUAUUGCUACAUGUCUGUCGUCGGUAUAGUAUUUGCAUCGUCGGUCUUCAGUGUGUGAAUCUGUUGUUUUUCAGAUAAUUUUCUGGUCAUGAGUUUAAGCAAACAUAACAUGAGACAUGCACAUUAUAAAAUAUUUUGUGUGCUGUUGUGAUAUAUAUAUUAUGUGCAAACGUGAGUACACUUUUACGUAUUGAUGAUAUAACAGAACGAAUCAUGGGAGAUUUCCUGCCUGCAACACUAGAGUGUGUGUGUGUGUGUGUGUGUGUGUGGGGGUACAGUACUUUGACGGACAGAUGGGGAAAAGAUGAUCUAUGUAGUCAGACGUACAGCUCUUUGCAUUGUUCCUGUGGCCUUCUCAAGUAGGACCUAGUUCCUUCAUGUACUCUCAUGACUUCACACUAUGUCCUGUGCUCAUUUGAAAUACUUUUUAUCAAAUGGAAAUAAAUAUAUCUGUGAGAAGUAUAAUCUCGGCCGCUAUGU